CUUCCCCCUCCCUCGUCGCUCGGUCUCGCUCGACUGAUGCCUCUUUGACCUCCUCCUCUAGCGAUCGAAACCCCCUUCAAGCCCUAGCAAGAUAGAAAAAGAAGAAGAAGAAGAGAUUGGGUGAAGAGGGAGCGGCGUCGGACAGCGUCCGACGAGCGGCGGGCGAGGGCCAUGGGUCAGUGCUACGGCAAGAACAUCUCUGUUGCCGAGGACGGCCACCGGGAACGACUGAGCCCCGCAAACGGAAGCGCAGAUAGUGGUGGCGCGGCCCCCGCCACCCCGCUCCGCAGAGGCCGAAGCGGCGCCGCCACGCCCGUUCACUCCUCCUCGACCAGCACCACCGCCACCGCAUGGCCCAGCCCCUACCAGCAGGGCUCCGCCAGCCCUCUUCCCGCCGAGGUCCCCCCCUCCCCGGCGAGGUCCACCCCCCGGCGAUUGUUUCGGCGGCCCUUCCCGCCACCAUCUCCCGCGAAGCAUAUAAGGAUCGCCCUCGCAAAGCGCCAGGGCCUGCCGAAACCCAAGGAGAGUCCGAUCCCCGAGGAUGGAAACGAGGAGGUGGAGAGACCGCUGGAUAAGAGCUUCGGCUAUGGCAAGAACUUUGAGGCGAAGUAUGAGCUGGGGAAGGAGGUUGGAAGAGGACAUUUUGGGCACACGUGCUUGGCGACGGCCAAGAAAGGGGAGAUCAUGGGUCAGUUUGUCGCCGUCAAGAUCAUUUCCAAAGCAAAGAUGACAACACCAAUAUCAAUUGAAGAUGUUCGUAGGGAGGUCAAAAUCCUGAAAGCUUUAUCUGGGCAUAAAAAUCUUGUCAAGUUUUAUGAUGCAUGUGAGGAUGAACUUAAUGUCUACAUAGUCAUGGAAUUAUGUGAAGGUGGAGAAUUAUUAGAUAGAAUUCUAUCCAGAGGUGGAAGGUGCACAGAGGAGGAUGCAAAAGCAAUUGUCAUUCAAAUACUGAGUGUGAUGGGCUUCUGUCAUCUUCAAGGUGUUGUGCAUCGUGAUCUAAAGCCAGAGAAUUUUCUUUUUACCACCAGAGAUGAAAAUGCCACCAUGAAGUUGAUUGAUUUUGGUCUUUCUGAUUUUAUUAAACCAGACGAAAGACUAAAUGAUAUUGUUGGAAGUGCAUAUUAUGUUGCCCCUGAAGUUCUACAUAGAUCAUACAGUAUGGAGGCAGAUAUUUGGAGUAUUGGUGUUAUAGCAUAUAUCUUGUUGUGUGGUAGUAGACCUUUCUGGGCACGGACAGAAUCAGGAAUUUUUCAUGCAGUGCUGAAAGCUGAUCCCAACUUUGAUGAUCCGCCUUGGCCUGAUGUAUCUCCAGGAGCUAAAGAUUUUGUGAAAAGGCUCUUGAAUAAGGACUAUAGAAAAAGAAUGACAGCUGCACAGGCCUUGACGCACCCUUGGUUGCGAGAUGAACAAUGGCAAAUUCCUUUAGAUAUACUGAUAUAUAAGUUAGCCAAGUCUUAUCUUCGUGUCACACCUCUUAAACGGGCCGCAUUAAAGGCACUAUCUAAAGCUCUAACGGACGAUGAGCUUUUUUAUCUAAGGUUGCAGUUUAAGCUAUUAGAACCAAAUAAAGAUGGUCAUGUAUCGCUUGAAAACUUCCGAAUGGCACUAUUUCAAAAUGCAAGCGAAGCGAUGAGGGAGGCUAGGGUUCCUGAUAUACUGAAUGCGCUGGAGCCACUCUCAUAUCGAAGGUUGGACUUUGAGGAAUUCUGUGCUGCUACAAUCAGCCCCUACCAACUCGAGGCGUUGGAUGGUUGGGAACAGAUAGCUAGCACAGCUUUCGAGUAUUUUGAGCGGGAGGGAAAUCGAGUCAUCUUUGUCAAAGAACUCGCUCAGGAAUUGAACCUCCCCUCAACUUCUUAUUCUGUUCUGAGAGGCUGGAUUAGACCAGAAGACCGCAAGUUCAGUUUCCUUGGAUACACCAAAUACUUGGUUGGUGCAACGACACGCAGCUCAAACACAAGACACUGCUAGAUUUUUGAUGUAGUUGUUUCCUGAUACUGAUCCAUUCAUAAAUAAUGUGCCGGUUUCAUCACCUUUUUUCUCGCCGAUGUAUAUUUUUCGACAUGCAUAGAAUAGCUUCUAUAUGUAGAUAAUGAAUUAGAGAACGGAUGUAAAGACGAAUUUGCAAUGAAGCUGAAACGAAGGGCUCCUAACGCAUUAUUUUGUUC